AUGACGCGGCCCCGCUCUCCGUGCAGAGCGCUGGCCGCUGCGGGCCUCAUCCUGCUGACUGUCGCGCCCCUGACAGCCGCGCUCGCGUGCAACACCCUUUUUGAGGGGUCCAACCUGCUGCGCACCGAGUGGCCGGCCAGCGAGGUGCAAGACCCGCAGGUCUGCUACGACCUGUGCCAAAUCAACGCCCAGUGCGUGGCCUGGUCUUUCGCGCCCGGCAGCGGCACCCAGGACUCCAGCCCGAGCCCGACCAACCCCUUCAAUGCCCGGCACCUCUACCUCUGUGGGGGGGGCGAGUACUCGGGAACCGUACUCAAGGUGGUGUUCGCGUGGGGCUAUGGCGACUGCUGCAACAAAUGCAAAGAGACCCCCGAAUGCACACGCUUCACCUCACUCGAUUAUACCUGCACUCUCAAGUCGGGCACAGAUUACAAGACGGAGGCGGGCUUUGGCGGCUGGUCGGGGCGGCUGAGCAACGUGCUAGCUGUCGUCAACAAGUACCGGCAGCGGCACGGCUCCCCAGCCUUGAAGUGGGACAAUGCCCUGGCCCAAGCCGCCCAGAAGGAGACCAUCUUUGCACCAGCCACCGCCAUCAAGAAGAGCGCCGCGGUGGCCAAGCUGAUCAAGAGAACCGCCUGCCAGACGGAAUCCAAGAACGACCUCUGCCUCACCUGCCGCACGGGUGCCGGCGGCAAGGCCCGGUGCGCCAAGUGCUUUGACGACGAGUUCCUGAGCUGGGCCAACCCCCAGCCCCGCCUGUUCCCUGAUGCCGCCGGCAAGAAGUGCGUGCUCGCACCUGGCUGCGUGCAGGGCUGCGCAGACUGCCGCGCCAGAGGCAAGUCCUUCACCUGCGCCAAAUGCGACAAGUAUACCGAACGGGACAAAGCCGGCCAGUGCACGCUGCCCGACUGCGGCGCCGUGUUUGGCGUGGGCUGCAUCAAGUGCUUCUGGCAUGUCGGCAGCACCUGGAAGAAGGGCUGCACGGCGUGCGCCGUGGGCUUCGUGCUGACCAGAACCGGCUAUUGCAAGAAGCUCUGA